AUGCCGAGCUUUCCCUGCGACCCUAGGAGAUAUCCCCCGGGCGUGGCUAAGGAGACUUCACCCCGCAGUAUUUGCAGUUGGGAGGAAUGUCAGAAGAAAUUCAUAGAUCAGUACAAGUCACUCCGAAGGCAGCUCGCCCCAACAUGCCACCUUGGUACAGUAUUCCAAUGGUCUGGCGAAUCUUUGAAAGAUUACAUAAAAAGGUUCAGGCGUGAAGUGAAUAAUGUUGAGAGCCCCUCCGACGAAAGUAUCCUGACUGCAAUCUCUGCCGGGCUUCAAAAGGAUGGGAAACUCUACGAAAGUAUUUAUAAGUCCCCGGUGAGGGACCUCGGCGAAUUCUACGAGCGAGCUACGAAGGAGGUCUGGAUCUUCACCACAGAACACAACAAGGAGGAUUUCAAAAGUCCUAACCCCCUGAAGACUCCCGACAAGUACAGAACCAAGAGCAAAUUUCGUGCCUAUCACAACGAAGUGGGGCACACCACCUCUAAGUGCUGGGCGCUGAAAGAUGCAAUCGAAGAGCUGAUCAGGAGAGGUCGGCUGUGUGACUAUGUAGUGUGUCAUAGGGAUCAACAACCCAAACAGUCAGCUCAACAAAGCCCUCACCGAGCUCCCGAGCAAGACCAGAUGCCUACAGUGAGAACUAUCUUCACUAUCCAUGGUGGGCCCCAUAUUGCAGGGACUUCUAACAGGUCGCACGAGCGAUAUGUUCAGGAAGCCGGCCACCGUCUGCUUGUUGGGGAUGGCAGCCAAGAGGGACCUUCCAAGAAAGCCAAGAUAGCUUCGGAAGACAUCUCUUUUACUAAAGAUGAUUUCAAAGGUGUGCACUGGCCGCACAACGAUGCCCUCGUGAUACAAGCUCGGAUUAGCAAUAUGGAAGUACGAAGGGUGAUGGUCGACACAGGUAGCUCGGUGAAUGUCAUGUAUAAGGGAUGUUUCGACUAG